GAAGUAUCUAGACUUUCACUACCAUAACCAAGAACGACAAGAGCUAAAAGGGGGAGGAUCCAGCGGGGGUAUAUGACAUGAACGCCACAGAUGACCGACACGAGAUACAAAGGGUUGGACUCUCACCCAGUACAUUUAUGCAUCUUCGAAGGACACAACAUGUAGGUGGUACUACAAAUGACCUAUUGUUAGAAAAAGUCCAAGGAAAUGAAGAAAUUAACCAGAAAGUAGAGUUUUUGGAGAAAAAGCCAUGGAGAGAAGCUGGUGCUAACAUCUCAGAUUACUUUAACUAUGGUUUUGAUGAAGAAAGCUGGAAUGCUUACUGUAGGAAACAAGCAAAACUUCAUGGCAUGAUAAGAAAGGCCCAGAAGAGGCACACUGGAUAUGAAGAAGAGGAGGUGUUUUGUGCUUAUUCUUCCCCAGGCAGACCAUCUAUUGUAGCUUUCAGAGAUUCAGAUCCUAUCACUAAUUUGGCUGGAGGACAACCUGAAUCCAGCAGAGAGGAUGGGCACCAAUGUCAUAAUGAUGGAGGCAGCAACACUCAGGUUGUUUGUGAGAUGUGCCAUUAUGAGGACAGCAGUAAUGCUAAUCAGCUGCCACCUCCACUCAGCAAGAACUCUUUCUUUAAAUUUAUUAAAAAGAGAGUUCCACCACGUCCCCAACCUCCCUCCUCUACUGCUACUGCGGUCAGUGGGAACUCUACAAGUUUUAACAGCCCAUCAGCUUCAUCAAGAAGAAUCACCAUCAGCCCUGGAGUGAUUGAUACCACCAAGGCUCGGGAAUGCUACAUAUUGCAGGAAAAGCAUGACAAGGAUAGAGACAGAUCCAGAGCGCAUGGUCAAGAUAAAGAGAACAAAAGAAGCAGAAAUAGAGAGAAGGAGGGCUGCUCCUCUUCCUAUUAUAGGGAAGCGCAAAUGAAGCUCAGGGAGCCUAGGAACCAAGGGUACAAGUAUCGCUAUGACAGAGGCAGUGGAAAAAAGAGAAAGAGCAACAAAGAUGGAUCACGAAAAAGAUCAGAAAGCAGCAGUGUCAGGAGCAGCAGAAGUAGCAGAGAUGUUGGUGGGAACAGGGACAGGAGACACAAACAGAAAAGAAACAGAAAAGCCAAGACAUGUAGGAAGAACAAGGAAACCAGCAAGUAG